AUAUAUAUAUAUAUAUAUAUAAAACAGGGUUAAAUGUGGCAGGUAGCAGCUUAAAGGUUGAUAAAACAGGAAUACUUGGUUUAUUGAAAUUAAAACGAAAAUAUUAUUGAGCAAAGAAACCUGUAAAAAGCAAAAAUGCCGCGAGUGUUUCUGGUUAAAAAGACGAGCAGCACUUCCGGGAAGAAAAAAUGGAAUGAAAUACCUGACUGUGCGCGAGGAGACAUCUAUACACCAGUGUGUAUCUUCACUCAUCAUGGCCAUGAAGAGUGUGAGCACAGCCCUGCUGAGCUGCCCAUCUGUCCCUCCACCCCACAGAGCAAGACCACACAAACACACACUCAAUCUCACAGCUCGACUGCCCAGCUGUCCUGCUCUGCCAUGCAGGAGUUGAGCUCACACAGGCCUCCUUUCAUCUGUUCCAAAAAUAAGAUGGCCAACGCGAAUAAUGAAGCAUUGAAUGUCUCUCAAACCACAUCAGAUUCCCCUUUUUCCUGCCCAAUAUGCAAGAAGACUUUUAGUCUUGGCCGAGUGAUGAAACGUCAUUUAAGGACUCAUAGUGACUUGAAGAGGUACUCUUGUGAAUACUGUGGGAAAGGUUUCAAUGACGCUUUCGACCUCAAGAGGCACGUGCGCACCCAUACAGGUGUGCGGCCCUUUAAGUGCACUGUGUGUGAGAAGGCCUUCACUCAGCGCUGCUCCCUGGAGGCUCACCUAAAAAAGGUUCAUGGUGUCUUCCAACAGUAUGCCUACAAGGAACGCAGGGACAAGCUGUAUGUGUGUGAAGAGUGUGGCCUGACUGCUCAGACACAUGACAGUCUGUGCAGUCACAUCCAGGUCAAACAUCCCAACAGCAAGAUUGCCAAAGCAAAAUCCAAAAACAGGAGAAGGAAGGCACAAGACCGAGGAGGAAGUGUGUCACCCUGUUCUCCUCAUUCUCUAAGUGAUGCCGAUGCUGGUGUUUGAGUAAUGCUGAAAUGACAAAUGACCUGGAACAUAUUUCAAAUCAGGAGGUCAAUGGAGGUUUAGAUCAGACAAUUGAGAGUUCAGAUCCCAGCACCACCAAGCACAGUUCUGAGCAAAACCUUUAAGCAACACUUGCACCAAAAAGUUGUACCCUGUGCUCUGACACCCUUCUAACUUUAAAGAAUGGAUAGGUAAAGUCAUGUUUUAUGUGUAAUUGCCAUAAAGAUAGGUAUUGCUUUCAUAUUGAUUAAGAUAAUAAAAUGUAAAUACUUUGUACAAAUGUCACUGUACAACAAUUAUACUAUUGAUAAGGAGACAUAUGCUGUUGCACAUUGUUAUCCUUAAUGUACACACAGAAGUUUGUGUAUCACAUUUAGUCUCCUGUAUUACACACUUUUACUCUUAAAUUUUAUUUAUGUGGUUAUCACAGAUCAAAUCAUUAUUAGAUCUUUUAGGUCUCUAAUGCAUGUUUAGAGCGUUCUUUUUACACUGUACUUGAAUGUUUGGGGAUGGUUUUGAAUCCCCAUAUCUACUAGCAAAUAAAAUAUGUUUAUUUUU